UACGAAGGAAAGGUAUUUUCCUUCGGGUUGAAGUCUUGGAGUGCGGUAUCUCCGAGCAAGUGUUGUUGAGGCUCGUGGGACUCGAGUUCUCAGGUUGUAACGGUUUGUUAAGCACCCGUAAGCUUAACGGAAGUAGUGUAGCUCGAGAGAGUCUCUCGGGAGACUGGAUUAGCCACACGUUGUGGUGAACCAGUAUAAAUCUUGGUGUGCUCCCUUUACGCUUUCUACGCUCUUUACGUUUCACGUUCUUAAUUUUUUAUUCCUGCGAUUUCUACGAUCAAACGCUAUUCACCCCCCCUCUAGCGUUGGUCACUUAUUCUAACAGUAGGGUCGGAAGGGAAAUGGACUGCGUGGCGGCGGGGAUCUGGGCACUGUGGAAGGCGAGGAACAUGGCCAAUUGGGAGAGUAAGCUGCCGACAGUGGGUAUCAUUGUGGCUUGGACCAGGGAGGCUUUGGCCUCAACGCCAUCAAACUGUUCGGGGUCGAAGGCACCUGUGACGGAGUCUAGAAUCAGCGGCAUUACGUGUUCGGUGGACGCUGCUGUGUUCGGGAAUGUUCGGCGGGUGGGAGUCGGUGCAAUCCUUAGAGGUGAAGAUAGCUCUUUUAUUGGAGCUUUCAACACUUGCAUUAACUGUCCUUUAGAGCCACGAAUUGCGAAAACCGUGGCGAUUAAAGAGGCUUUGUCUUGGGUUAAAGACCAUGGCUUCUCGGAGGUUAGUGUUUUGUCUGAUUGUGCUCUGUUGAUUAAAGCACUCAAUAAUCCAUCGAGUAGAAACAUCUCGUAUUUGGGUGCCGUUGAGGAUGCAUGUAGAUCUUUCGCUAGCUCUUUUAUUUCUUUGAGGAGGUCAAAUCCGGGGAUAUCUGCUGCAGAAGGAAAUGGAGGGCGAAGAUGCGAACCAGCAGCAGCAGCAGCAACAACAACAACAACAGUGGAUGGCGGCGAUGCAGCAGCAAUAUCAUACGGGCAGCAAUACGCGUCGUACUACCAGCAGCCACAGCAGCACUAUCAACAGCCCCAGCAGCAGAAGCAGUCUUCGCAAAAUCACACCUCCGGCGAAGAUAACCGCACGAUCUGGGUUGGAGACCUCCAGCCGUGGAUGGACGAAGCUUAUCUUAAUUCGUGCUUUGCCCAAUCCGGAGAAGUUCUUUCUGUUAAGGUUAUUCGGAACAAGCAAACUGGUAAUCCUGAGGGAUAUGGAUUUGUUGAGUUCAAUAGUCACACUGCAGCUGAGAAUGUCUUGCGGUGCUACAAUGGCACCAUGAUGCCGAAUGUUCAACAACCCUUUCACUUAAAUUGGGCAGGAUUGGGCACUGGGGAGAAGAGGGCUGCAGAUCCUGCAGGUUCUGAUCUAUCAAUAUUUGUUGGGGAUUUAGGCCAUGAUGUCACGGAUUCCCUGUUGUGUGAAACUUUUUCUAGUAGAUAUUCCUCAGUUAAAAGUGCAAAGGUAGUAAUUGAUACGAGCACUGGGCGUUCAAAAGGAUACGGCUUUGUUAGGUUCGGUGAUGAGAAUGAGAGGUCGCGCGCCAUGACUGAAAUGAAUGGUGCUUAUUGCUGUAACAGACCUAUGAGAAUUGGGGUAGCAACCCCCAAGAAACCUUCUACACCACAACAAUUUUCUUCACAAGCUGUGGUUUUGGCUGGUGGAUAUGCUUCCAAUGGUGCUAUAGCCCAAGCCUACCAGUCUGAUACUGAUUUAUCCAACACAACAAUAUUUGUGGGAGGAAUUGAUUCUGAUGUUACCGAAGAAGACCUGCACCGGGCAUUUUGCCAGAUUGGUAAUAUUACCUCAGUCAAAAUACCCGUUGGGAAGCGAUGUGGUUUUGUACAAUUUGAAAGCAGGAGCUCUGCGGAAGAUGCAAUACAGAAACUAAAUGGAUCAGUCAUUGGCAAUUACACAGUUCGUCUUUCCUGGGGUCGAACUCCUGCAAACAAGCAGCAGGCAAGAGCUGAAGCUGAUGGUCAAUGGAGUGGGGAUUAUUCCGGAAGGCAAAGUUAUGCUGGAUAUGGACACACUAUGCCAAACAAUGAUGAUCAGACUAUGUAUGCUGCCAGGGGAUAUGGGGGAGGAUCUGCAAAUGGGUACGGCAAUCACCACCAGCCCUUGAACUGAACAUUACUAACCGGUACUAUCUCAGCAAAAACAUCAACUUAAAGACAUUGUUUUUCCAUUCUUCACUUCCAGUUGAGAUUUUUGAGAGUUUGCCAUAUCAUAUAUAGAGUAUCCUUUAACUGGAUUUAAUUGCAUUAACCCUGCUAGCAUGGUUCUGCUUACUUUAAAUGUACACUUCUUUGACAUUUGGUUCUUUAUGCAACACGUGGUGUGGUAAACUGAGAAUCUCUAGUGUCCUGGCAUUAUUAUUUCUAUAGCGGAAACUUAUCUAGA